CUCUGCGCUGCUAUUGGCUGAUCGCCACACCGCCGCGAGCCCUGGACACAGCGCCAGACAAGGGGGUGGGCGGGGCCCGGUGGCGGUUGAUCGCCUUUCCCGCCCAUUUUAAUCAGUUUACUUGUAUCUAUCGAGCGCCGUGUUUGUGGUACUUCCAACAUGGAAAAAUUAAAAAACAUGACUGAUGAAGAGCUUAUCACGACCUUGCGAAAAUAUAACAUCCGACAUGGACCUAUUGUUGGAACUACCCGCACACUAUAUGAAAAGAAGAUCAUUGAGUACGAACGUGAAAAAAAUAAAUAUCCAGUUUCUACACGUUCCUAUGAGAGUAGCCAGUACAGUAGAAGAGAAUAUAAAGAUGACGAUGAUGACAAUCACACAUACGAAGAAGAAUACACAAAGACUUACUAUCCAGCUUAUCAAAGGCCAAAAGAAGAUUUGCAAAACAGAAGUUACAGCAGUAAGGUGAAUACGUAUCAAAACAUAUCCCGGUCAAGCUAUUCUCAGGGUGUGGAACCGCGGAAGCCCAUCCGUCCAAAGCAGAAGGAAGAGACGCCGGUGAAGCGCUUCAUCCCGCUAUGGUUGCAACUUCUUUUGCUCCUCUUGAUUACUGGUUUUCUGGUGUAUGUGUACAUACUCCAGACAGAUGAAACCCCUUUCAAACUUGUUGGAGACAGCCUGUAACAUUGUAUGUAUGUCAUCUUGUUACAUUUCCACUAUUCUAAUACAAACUUAAGGAUUGAUCACUGA